AUGCGGCUGUUAUCGCUUAACAGCGACGGCAGCCUUGACUGGGCCGUCUUCAAGAAGGACAUGCUUCCCCCCUACGCCAUACUCUCACACACUUGGGGACCCGACGAGGAUGAGGUCACAUUUACUGAUCUGACCAGCGGACAAGCUCGGAAUAAGGCGGGCUAUCGCAAGAUCAUGUUCUGCGGCGAGCAGGCCGCUCGUGACGGGCUGCGGCACUUCUGGGUUGACAGUUGCUGCAUCGACAAGACGAACAGUGCUGAGCUCACAAAAGCAAUCAACUCGAUGUUUCGCUACUAUCAAAGCUCAGAAAAGUGCUAUGUAUACCUUUCUGACGUGUCUUCUUCUGCCAAUGAUAGUAAAUGGUUCACGCGAGGCUGGACGCUCCAGGAGCUUCUUGCUCCUACUCAAGUUGAGUUCUACUCAUACCAGCAUCACCGCCUAGGCGAUAAAGAGUCUCUUGGCCAGCUUAUCCACAAGAUUACAAGAAUACCUAUAGAGGCAUUACAUGGAAAACCUUUGGACACCUUUAGUAUUAAGGUCCGGAUGGAGUGGGCAUCAGGCCGCCAGACAACGGAGGACGAGGAUAGCGCAUACUGCUUACUUGGGAUCUUUAAUAUCUUUAUGCCACUUAUCUAUGGCGAAGGCAAGCACAACGCGCUUCGGCGACUGCAAAAAGAGCUUGAUAAUAUUCCUACUACAGGUGUGUCAUUAGUUGCAGUUGACACCCGCUUUAUUAUACCCUUUGAACGCAAUCCACAAUUCAUUGGUCGCGAGUCGCUCCUCACGGACCUUGAUAGCAAGCUCUUUAUAGGUGAGCAAACAACCAAGACGGCCAUUGUCGGGCUUGGUGGGAUAGGCAAGACGCAGAUUGCCUUGGAGCUAGCCUAUCGGACAAAACAAAAAUACCAAAAUUGUGCGAUAUUCUGGAUUCCAGCAACGGAUUUGGACAGUCUCCACCAGGCAUAUCGAAAUAUCGCGCAGAAGCUCCGCAUACCAGGCUGGGAUGAGGAGAAGGCAGAUGUUAAGGAGCUAGUGCAAAUUUAUCUAAGUCAGGAAAAUAUCUGGCCGUGGUUAUGCAUUUUUGACAAUGCAGAUGAUAUGGGCAUGUGGAUCCAGCCGCCGGGAUCGGAGUCAGGACUUAAGCCAGGACUCAAGGUGGCUGUUAAGUUGGCAGGCCGGGAUAUAGUUGAGGUGCCGGAGCUGGACGAGGAGGGAGCAGCGCGGUUGCUUCUGAAUCUGCUCCUUAAUUCAUCAUAUCCUAGUGAUUACCAAGAUGCUAAGAUCCUGGUUCGAGAGCUCACUUACCUCCCACUGGCAAUUGUGCAGGCGGCAGCAUAUAUUAAUGAGAAUACUACUACAUUAAAGGACUAUCUUUUGCUUCUGAAGGAGCAAGAGGGAGAUGUGAUUGAACUCCUUAGUGAAGAAUUUGAGGAUGAGUGGAGAUACCAGUCUACCAAGAACCCAGUGGCGGUAACAUGGCAGAUCUCAUUUGAGCGGGUUCGCAGUCGUGAUCUACUAGCAGCAGAAUAUCUAUCAUUUAUGGCUUGCAUGCACUGGAAGGAUAUUCCACACUCAGUCCUUCCAGAGGGGCCAUCGCGCAAGAAGGAGCUGGAAGCUCUCGGAACACUUAAGGCGUACUCAUUUAUUGUCCAGCGCGGUGAGAAGAUGGCGUAUGACCUCCAUCGAUUGGUUCAUUUAGCGACUCGAAGCUGGUUGCGGGAAGAAGGCAUACUUGCACGAUAUAAUCAGGUGGCGAUUGAGAGAUUGGAUGAAGUAUUUCCAAGGAAUUAUUAUGAAAAGAGGACACAAUGGAGAAGAUUGUUACCACAUGCAGCAUCUAUAUUACAAGAAGGCGGUAUUAAUCAAUAUCAUAAUAGAAGGCUUAGCGUAUUAUGGAAGAGCUCUUAG